UCCAUCGUUACUGCUGGGGUUAGCAGUAGGGCACGCAUCAUUCGUCUAUGACCUGCUCUCAAAUAAAUUGUCUACAAUUAGUUUAAUCUCUUUAGUCAUUUUUUAAUUCUUCAGUAUUAUUUUGUGUACGUCAUUUUGUGUAUUUUGUGUGAGGGUAAAUACCUCAUCUUUCAUGUGUCAAUAUAGGAGUUGGGGAAGACAGUGGUAUAAACAAAACCUCUGUCGAGGGGUUUCCAGUGUCUUCAGGAUGUUUAUUGAGCUUUUACUUCAGUCACCAACAAUUAUUGUUCCAUAAUAUUUUUCCAAUAAGAAAAGAAAUGUGUAUGUCUCCUAUGUAAUCCCUUUUCUUUGAGAAAUUAUCAGUAACUGUUCACUUUUUUUUGGUUAUGUCUGCCCGCGGUUGCUACACAAGUCAACACAAGUCCAAGUCAACACAAGUGCCACCAGACACAGGGGUUCCAUUUCACCUCAAGAGCGUUUCUCAUCAGCGUCAUUAGGUUUCAUACUCAAAGCACAGUAGGUAUGUGAGAUAUUUUAGAGAGAGUGAGACAGAGAGAGGAAGAGAGAGCAACUAAAUGCCUUUCCGAGAGAUUGAGUGGGUCUCAGCGUCUGAAGGUGGUGUGUCGUAGUGGAGUUCACAUACCGAAAGGGAGUCGCGAGAGGUAUGUUCGCAGCGAGUGUAGUGAAGCGAGUGUACAUACACAUUGCAUACAUAUAUACUUCACAGUUAGCAAAAAAAAAUCUCAAUUUUACUCAUAAAAUUUGUCCAUGAGUUGUUCAAUGCCCAACGGAGUGAAAUAUCCCCGAUAUGAAGAAUGAGUGGUGCCAUCGAGGGAUAUAAUUCACGCUGAGAUUGACGGUUGGAUAAAAAGGUGUGGGAGGAGCAAUUGAAUGUGUUACUGAUAUCACCGAGUAAUUCAUAACGGAUAUCACCUUCGAAUCGUAAAAAUCAGUUGCUCGACGAUAUUCAAGAUUUUAUUCAGCACUGGACGAAGGGCUCAGACUAAACUACCUAGAACUACUUAUGAUUCAUCAACAAAGCCUUAACGAUCAAUUGCUCAUUGUUAUUUAUUAGACGAUCCAAAAUGUCAAAAAGCAAACUCCACCACAAUCUUCAGCAUGUCGACAGUGACGUGAUUCCUGUUAAAAGUAAAUUUGAUGCUGACAUCAUAAGGUUUUCGAUAAAGAAAAAUGAACAAAUGCAGUACGACGAUUUCUGGAGACUGCUCGCUGAAAAACAUGAGCUGGGCCAGGAGCAAAAUUUUUUAAUAUGGUAUACCGAUCCCACCGACGGUGAUUCACUGCCAAUUAAUAAUGACAAUAACUUGGCGCGUGCACUGGCAGCAUCGAAGCCAUUAGUCAGAGUAUUUAUAACGAGAAAAGGCAGUGGUGUCGAGGAUGUCAACGGUUAUGGCACAUUGAAGCCUAAGAAUUUGAUUUCAAGUAUAUUGGGUGGCACACCAGGAAAACCAAAGCCACCAUUGGCCAUUUCUAAUCCUCAUGAUUUCCGACAGGUAUCAGCGAUAAUCGACGUUGACAUUCUCCCAGAGACUUGUAGACGCGUCAGAUUACUGAAACACGGUUCAGACAAGCCUCUUGGUUUUUACAUAAAGGAUGGCGAGAGUUUUCGUGUUUUACCACCCUCAGCAGGUGGUGGAAUUGAAAAAGUCCCCGGUGUUUUUAUCAGUCGACUGGUGCCUGGUGGUUUGGCCGAGAGUACAGGACUUCUUGCUGUUAAUGAUGAAGUAUUAGAAGUUAAUGGGAUUGAAGUUGCUGGGAAAACAUUGGAUCAGGUAACAGACAUGAUGAUUGCCAAUUCAUCGAAUUUAAUAAUAACGGUAAAGCCGGCGAAUCAGCGGGCAGCGAUGGCAGCUCCCAGGCGUGGCUCAUUCUCCAGGAACAGCCAGUUAUCAUCUGGAAGCCAUCAAUCAACCCAAAGUGUUACUGGCAGUGCCAGCGAUGAAGAAGCCGAUGAAAUUGUUGAUUUUACUCAUGUACAUCAGCCGAAUCACUUCAGUCACGAUCAAACUGGAGUAUUGCGUCUGUGAGAGAAUCAUUCAUUCAGUGGUACAUGAAAUCGAGUGAGUAGGAAUUAUUGAAUUUGAGGAAAUCGUGGAUAUCGCAGCUUAUGUUAUUUCAUUUGAUGACAAUUAAAUCACCUCCACGAAAAAUAAUGCCUUCAAAGUGCCUUAGAACACGUCAUUCAACAGAAAGUGAAAACAAAAACAAAGGAAAAUGAGACCAAAGCAGUUUGGAGAAAAAUUAAUCAUCAACACUAAAUUAUUGUUCUGUGGGCACCGAUGCAAAUCUAAAUUCAUUCAAUUGCAGUGGAAUUUUACGGAAUUGAAUGAAUAUAUUAAUGAAUCAUGGUAACAAUUGUUUCGAAUGGUCCAUUACCGAGGCAGCAAUCGAUUAAAAGUAUUAAGGAAUUCGUAAUUAUAAAUUUAUAUGGCGAGCGACAGUACUUAAUCCGCUCAAAAUAUUUCAAGUGUACUUAAGUAGUAUAACAAAUAUUUUUCCUUCAACAGCUGAAAUAUUAUAGUUAUUGGAAAGUUUGUACUUAAUAAUAAUAAUUAUAAUAAUAAUGGAAUGAAUCGGAUGACGGAUUUUUAUACUGAUAUUACUAUUGAGAAUGUAAAUAAUCCAUGAGACGUGCUAAUUCAUUGUAUUCUUUUACUUGUUUUUAACAACUGCUAUUUCACAAUGAAAAUUUUCAAAUGUCGAUUGCGAAAAUUGCAUUUCAGGGAACUGAAUCGAAUGAUCAAGUUGAUGAGUUGGUGGAAAAAGUAUUCAUUCUAUUUUUGCAAUGAUUGCAAUUUUAUUUUAUUUUUAUAUUUUUUUUUCUCAUCAGUGGUUUUGGCACUCUCGAAAUUAUUGAUUGACUAGAUAAUCUGUUGAGCACGCCUAUUCGUGCAUAUCAAUUUAUUGCAGCUGCAUUUGAGUAUGUUAAAAUUGUGCAGUUUAAUCCUUUUAUCCUUUAUUUCAUUGUUAAGGAUAAGGAGUUUUAACGAAAAUAACUAAUUUUUUUCUUCUAAAUUAAAUUGAUGGAAACAAAAAUUGUUUCGUGAAUAAUGAUCUACUGUCACUAUCCACGAGCUCGAAUUUCUUUCAGAGAUUAAAAUUGAUGUUUAUGGCCUGUGAAGUUAAAAAUUGUAAAAUUCAGAAAUGAUGUAUGUUAAUAUUUCCUCGUGGAUAAUUGGAAGAAAAAGGUGCCUUCGAUGUACCAAAUAAUUGAAUUUAUCCUUCUGAUUCUUAUCGAAUACAUUCCGGAAGAAAAACGAAUAAAAGUACUGGAUUUCACCAGAAAAUUCAGUGGAUGUAAAUCAAAUUGAUAAAAAAUGAUGAACAAUAUUGAAUUUUAUUUCAUACGUACGUAGAAAUAGUAUUGCAAUUAGCAAGUAUUAUAGAACAGGUACGAUAUUUUUGAGCCCUCAAUUCGAAUAGAUAAAAUAACUGACAAUUCAGCGAAAAAUAAUAGGAGCAUUUAAAUGAGUUUUCGAACCGAAGGAAGCAUUCCGAAAUGUCCUCAAGCCCUAGACAACUUUCUCUUCGAGUGAAGGUCGAAGUGCUGUGCUUGGAAGAACAGUAACGUUAGUUUAAAAAAAUUAAAAUUAUCGACGUAAAGAAUUCACACAGGAUUGGUAGUUACUUGAAGCGAUACAUUUGUAAAUAUAAUAAUGUUAUACUUUUUAAUGCCACCUUAUUUCGAAUAAAGAAUAUUUUAUUUUACAAUAACUCA